AUGUUGUUGCAUGUUAGGUAUCCGAGGGAGGCUUCUGGUCCAAUGAGAGAGAGAGUGUUUGGGUUGAUUGGGAAGAGGAACUUGCCCAGGUGGAUUAAAGCAGCUAGCUUGCAGAACCUGGUAUCUCCUUUUGAUGAUAUGGAUAAGUUGCAGAGGAACGACCAAGAGCCACCUGUGAAAGUAAAAAUAUGGGGACUUUCUACAAGCUUCAUCAUUCGGCACCCCUCCAUCAUUCAGAGCGAGCGAUGCCUUCAGCACUUCACCUCUCUUACGCAUGUGAUGCCUUGGGCACCACAUCAUCGUUCGGCGCUUGCCAUUGGUAAGAUGAAGGCAGCCAGUUCCUACAACUACCGUUCGGUACCUGGUGAAUAUUGGAGAGAGAGUCACACAUGGUGA